UCAUAGUAUACUUAGUAGUGUUUUUUUAGUAAUUUGCAUGUGAAUUUUAUUACAGUGAUAAAUAUUGAGAGGCCUCAGAACCUGCUUGUUUACCCCUGAGUAAGACAUAAUUGCUUUAGACUAGAUUUCCAGGUUUUGUUUUACUGCUGAAAUGUUCAAGACGGUCACGAAUAUACCAUAAAUGGAGUGUUAUUGCUGAACGACAUGGAUGGGUACCAAUAGUGAUUCUGUAGCCUCAUUUCAAUGGCUGUGUUCUUUUGUUUCAAAUUAUUUCUUGCCUAGUUUAUUUGGAACAACUCAGCAGGGAUACCACGCAAAGACGAUAAAGAGAGUUGUAAACUGGCAUAUCAUAGCCAAGGUGAGCUUACUUGUUAGACGGCUUACAUUCUAAGAUCAUUGGCACCGUGCAUUUAGAAGCUUCAGUUUGAUGGAAAUAUUAAAUGUGAGUCGAAAAAUGGAGUCAGCAAGAAAGUAGAGUUCAGUUAAGACAUCUCUUACAAACUAUAGAAGCAGUUAUGGGCCCCCCCCCUCUCUCUCUCUCUCUCUCUCUGUGUGUGUGUGUGUGUGUGUGUGUGUGUGUGUGUGUGUGUGUGUGUUAGAAUACCCUUAAAACAUUAUCCAUCACUGGUGGGGUAUAGAAUGAGAAGGCGACUAUGGUGAAGUCUGGUGGUUCUUCAGCACGUUAUAUAUGGAAUUGCCAUGUAAUCCAGCGCUUCUAGCCUUCAGUAUACUCAGCACUGAGAACAGACAUUUCCGUGGCAGCAUCGGUCACAGUAGCCACAAGGUUCAAACACCCAAAGUACCCCUCAGCUAAUGCCUUCAGAAGUAUAUCCAUACAGUGUAACAUGUAGUAGCAAUAAAAAGCAUUGAGUCAAGCUACAGAACGAACCUUGAAAUUUAUACUAGCCCAAAGCAGGGAGACGGACGAGAACACAUACAGACCAGUAUGAUGUAUGCAAAGUAGGCAGAUCCAUGGGGGCUGGGGGCAGGCCUGAUGAGGAGCUUUCCUUUAUGAGUGAUAUAAGUCUUCAAUAACUAGAUAGUGAUAAUGGUUGCUCAUUAUGCAUAUUGUGCUAAUGAAUUUUACAUGUUUAAUGCAAUCUAAGUCAGUAAAGAGCUCGACACACAGCAGUGAGGACCUUAGUCUGGUCCUCAGCACCACGGUAAAAGACUGGGCAUGAUGUUGUAAUGCUUGGAUCCCAGCACUGGAGAUGUAUACAUAGGAGGAUUCUAGAGCUUGCUGGUCAAGACAGGCUGAUUGAUGGGUGGGCUCCAGGUCAUGGUGAAGCCCACUUCCCAGUGUGAGACCCUUGUCUCGACAACAGCAACAAAGCAAACAAAACAAACACAAGUGGACAUCUCCUAAGAAACACUGAGUUUGACUUCCACACACAUGUACACAUACAGACAAAUAUGAAAAAAUCUAUGGUAUUUGAUAUAAUUUUUGACAGAAUUCAAAAUUAGAUGAGCCUUUAAAAACAGCAAUGGUUAAGCAAAAAUCACUGGUUUAAGUACUUUGGGGGGGGGGCAGAAGUACAGUAGACAUAGAAGGAAAGUGGCAAACUGUGUGUGCAAGAUUGUUACUGUCUCUGUGUGGGCCCAACAAAAUAUGAUUGUGAGUCAUGGCACACCCAAGGCCUGUCUGGAUGACAGAAUAAAUUCAAGGCCAUUGUGGGGAGUUUGGUGAGACUGCCUUAAAAUAAAGAGAAAACAGGUGGCAGGGGACAUGAGUCAGUAGUAGAGCACUUGCCUAGAAUGCACAAGGCCCUAAGUUCAGUGCCCAGCAAGGCAUGCAAGAAUAAAAGAAAAGUCGAGUAAAGACUGGACAGUAAGGCUUACAUUCUUGUCCAUUUUAUUUUCAUUUUAGUACCACAGCUAAUUACAGUUUUAGUAGUGCAGAUUUUAAUAAUUUUAAAAUGUGUUUUCCUUUGUUCUUUUCUUCCUCACAGUUGAAUGUCCCCCAUUCUUGCCUAAGUUUACUGUGGCAGCUUCCUAGUGGUUUUCCUCUCCCUAAGUUACCCUUCCCUGUUCCCUUCAAUAUGUUACAAACACGGCAUCCUGCCUAAAAGCCUCCUGUGCUUUGGGGUAAAGUCUAAGUGAGAUUCUUAUAACACAGGGAAAUAUCCUUCACCAGGCCUGUAAUCCAAUCCCUCCCGAACGUCGCUCUUCCUAGAACACACUUCCUUUACUUAAGAGUGCCCUUCUGUGUUUAUUGAUCUGUCUGCCCAUCCUUUAAGACUUUGCUUCCUACAAGAAACUGUCCUAACCCACCCAGGCUCAUAGCUUUGCUGGGCCUCAGUACCCUGCAUGUCUGAUGUGUCACUGGUUUCUCAUCGUUUUCUUUGUCCGAUUCCUCUAUUGGAUAGCUGACUUUUUGAGGUCAGGGAAGCAAUCAUAUCUGUCUUUCACGAAUGAACCCGUCAGCAAAGCAAAAUGUAACACUAUUAUAUGUAUUGCAAGCUAUUCACAGUGUUAAAUGAGAAUAGUAAGGAAGCAGAGUACUGAGUGUACAUCAUACAAGAGAUGACAGGCAAAGACUCGUUUAAGAGAAUGCUGUCAUAGAAGAUAGGACAUUUGGAAUGGGUUGUGAGUUAGGGGAUAUUUUGAGGAACUACAUUGUUUUCGAUAAUUAUUGUAGUUGUGUACUAGGUAAUGUACCAGGACUUGAGGUUGUAUGGAUCCUACUUAGCAUAUUGAUUAUCACUUAUGAACAUAGGUGUUUCCCAAGAAGAGUUGAGCAGUUUUGUCUAUUUUACUUUGUAAUGCUUUGUGUUGGGGGUGUGGGGUCAGCAGUGAACAGAUGAUAACAGCAUGGUAUCAGUGGCAGUCAGAGGACAGCCCCAGAUGUCAGUCCUCUCUACCCUGAGCCAGGGUCUUUAUUGCUAGUCUCAGCAGUGCACACACAGGCUAUUGGGCCAGCCAAUAUCUGGGGCCCCCAGCCUCCGCUCCCAUCUCACUGUGUCAGUCCUGGUAACACAGAUUGCUCGACCACACCCAGCUUUCCUUGGGUUCUGGGGAUUCAAACUCAGAUGCUCACAUUUGCACCCCAACCCCCUUCCCUACUGAGUCAUCUCCCCAACCACUGCCCUGUGAUUUCCUAAGAAGCAACUAUUGCUCUCAAGCUUUAUCUAAAACUCAACUUGAGCUUUAGUGUAAGCCCAACCAGAACGUAUUAGGGAAUAAUACUAUCCCAGGAUUCAGGGAAGUUACCUGGUUUUAGUAACAACUAGGUCUUAAAAUUCUCUUUGCCAUUCAGAAGUAGCUUCAUAAAGUCUUUAAAAUGGUAUGUUCAUGCAGAAGUUGCAGCAGGUUAAUUUUUAUAGUUUGCAGUACUUGUUAAAUCAGUUCAGAGCUCUGUUAAUUAUAACCUGUAGAUCUUACUCAGGCUGUAUGAAGAGUUAAAUAGAAGGCUAUGAUCUUACCCUCCUCCCAUUCCUAUACUGUAAGAGACAAAAAUAAUCACACCUCUGUUGCACUCAGAAUAAAAAUAAAUACUUCAUCACUGUCUGACAAUGCAUUUUAAGUAGAAAAACACCAAAAUGCUAGUUUUUAAAAAUGCCAAAGCUAUGUGUGUGUCCCCUUAGAUGAAAGUUUUUAAUUAUGUAAGUGCCGAGUGAUUUUGAUUUUCUUCAGACGUACUGUAACAUGUGUUGUUUUUGGUUCUGUUUUUGUUUUUGUUUUUAAAUCAAGGCUCAGCUUGCUAAGGUCUUGAAGCAUUUCUUGUCAUACAUAAAAAAGUUUAAAAUUACAGAUAAUAGACUUGCACAUUGCUAAAUUUGGGGGGGUUCUUUCCAACAGUACCACCAAUACUAUUUGAAGGUAUAUUAACUAUGAGGUAAAGGUUUUAUUAUGUGUGGAAAUCCUUUGCUUUCAAGGGUAAACCUUUUUUUUUUUUUUUUUUUUUAAUCACCUACAUUAAACCUUGGCCCAAGCUAACCUCAAGCAAAUAAUGAUCACUCCUGAGUUAGUGGCUCUCUCCCUGAAUUUCUUUUCUUUUUUUUUUUUUUCAGAGUUUGAGGUACUUGCCUUUUUUUUUUUUUUUUUUUUUGCAUUUUUAUUAGAUAUUUUCUUCAUUUACAUUUCUUUUUUUUUCCGUAUUUUCCUCAAUUACAUUUCCAAUGCUAUCCCAAAGUUUUAGAAGUAAAUGUUCAAACCAAAGCGUAGAACAAACCGUAGCCCAGACAGGAUGCUUUGUUUUGUAUAGCAUUGCCAGGCCACAACCUCCCCUGGCCAUUCAGGCGUUAUCUGUGGUUGAUUCUGCAGUCUGAGGGCUGUGGAGAUGUCCUCACCACCUGAGAUUGGCUCAUGGCAAGGAGAUGCCUUCCAGAAGGAACUCCUAAAGAGGAGGAUGUGGGAGGAGCUCACCUGGGUGCUGCAGGUGCAGGUGCUGUUGCUGAGACCUUGAAAGAGGGAAAGAGUUCUGCCACCUGGGCUCACAUAACAAAAGACUCUUCAUUGGCUCACAGAUGCUGGCUAUGCAGAGCAGGCAGGCUAACAAUGGCUAAAAUGUGCUUGUGUGGGAUAAUUUUGACGUCAUUGGUGUGUAAAACUUGAAUUCCGCAUCAGUCUCGACCUGUGGAGGGUAAUCCACCCAGCGACCUGCACAUGGCCCCAUAUAGUGACAGAGAAGGAUGGCGGUUUUUGGAAAGAUUGUCAGUGUCUUGGUUUAGGAGUUCAGAUUUCACAGAGACAGCCAUUCUGCCAGCAUUGACACGUGUGCAUUCCUCUCGUCCUUCAUGUGCUCCAGUCGCACUCUGCUGAUUGAUGGUCCAGUGGAACUUAAAAGAGGCCUGCAGAGGCAGGAGAGGCAUCUUUUCCUAUUCAACGAUCUGUUUGUCUCAGCCAAAAUCAAAUAUAACAACAACUUUAAGAUAAAGAAUAAAAUAAGACUAACUGACAUGUGGACAGCUAGCUGUGUGGAGGAAGUGGGAGAAGGCAACAUGAAUGCUCAGAAGUCCUUUGUCCUGGGCUGGCCCACCGUGAACUUUGUGGCUACUUUCAGUUCUCCAGAACAAAAGGACAAAUGGCUGUCUCUCCUUCAGAGAUACAUCGCUCUAGAAAAGGAGAAAGACUACCCGAAGAGCAUCCCCCUCAAAAUCUUUGCCAAGGACAUUGGAAACUGUGCCUAUUUUAAAACUAUAACAGUGAUGAAUUCAGACACAGCGAGUGAAGUUAUCAACAUGUCACUGCAAAUGUUAGGAAUAACUGGCUCUGAGAGAGAUUACCAACUGUGGGUAAAUUCUGGAAAAGAAGCGGCACCGUACCCACUCAUUGGACACGAGUAUCCUUAUGGAAUUAAAAUGAGCCACCUCCGAGACACUGCCCUUCUGACGCAGGGAUCAAGAGACUCUGCCAGCCCAUCCCAGCUCCAAGAGCCUUUCCUCAUGGAGCAGCUGCCCCGCGAGAUGCAAUGCCAGUUCAUCCUGAAACCUACCCGCCUGGCGACAGCCCAGCAACUGAGCGAUUCCAGCCAGAAGACAUUUAAAAGGAGGCGCUCUAUCAUCAACUGGGCUUUUUGGCGGGGUUCUAGCACACACCUGGACAACCUGCCCAUGUCACCAACAUCCCCUAUGCCAGGACAGCUCUUUGGAGUUUCUUUACCAGAUCUUUGUGAGAACGACAAUCUGCCAAAGCCUAUCUUGGAUAUGCUUUCCUUCCUUAACCAAAAAGGCCCCCUCACAAAAGGCAUCUUCAGGCAGUCGGCCAACAUGAAAUCUUGCAGAGAGCUAAAGGAGAAACUGAAUUCUGGAAUCGAAGUCCACCUUGACUGUGAAUCCAUCUUUGUGAUAGCAUCUGUGUUGAAGGAUUUUCUGAGAAAUAUCCCAGAAAGUAUCUUUUCAUCAGAUCUAUAUGAUCACUGGGUCUGUGUAAUGGAUCAAGGAAAUGAUGAAGAAAAAAUAAAUAUAAUUCAAAGGCUAUUAGAUCAGCUUCCCAGAGCCAAUGUUGUUUUCCUAAGGUAUCUGUUUGGGGUAUUACACAACAUUGAACAACAUUCCUUGUCUAAUCAGAUGACUGCAUUUAACUUAGCAGUGUGUAUCGCUCCAAGCAUUCUUUGGCCUCCUGCUUCCUCCAGUCCAGAGCUAGAAAAUGAAUUUACAAAAAAGGUUUCUCUUCUUAUACAAUUUCUGAUUGAAAACUGCUGUAGGGUAUUUGGAGAAGAAAUCGCUUCUCUCUUGGGGGAGCUUUCGGAGAGAAGCGACAGAGAACACACCCCAGAUAUAACUUGCUUCCAAAUGAACGACUCCUCCUAUGACAGCUUGGAAAACGAGCUCAAUGAGGAAGCUGAUGCUCCAUGCAGUGACCUGGUCAAAAAGCUUGGCCAGGGUAGCAGGAGCAUGGACUCUGUCUUAACCCUCAGCGACUAUGACCUUGAACAGCCUGAGGUGGAAGGCCUCUUAACCCUGAGCAACUUUGACUUAGAUCAGUCUAAAGAGGAGCACAUUCCGAUAAAGCCACCUCUGGAGCCCAAGCCAGUGAAUGUUUUCGUAGGCUACAGGAAGGUUUCACUAGGGGAGCACGCUAGGGCCCCAGCUGGCCCAGGCACACUCAGCUGCCUGCCUGUGGCUGCAGCAGAUGCCCCGAAAGUCCUGCGGCGGCACCGGCGCUCCUCAGAACCCAGCAUUGACUAUCUAGACACAAAGCUUUCCUAUCUCCGGGAGUUUUACCAGAAAAAGCUGCGCAAGUCCAGCUGCGAUGCUGUCCUCUCUAGAAAAGAUGAAGAUUACCUGAAGCAGACCCAGCCUCAGAAGAAAGGGGAUAAGGUGUGUCUUAAACAGAGUUCAGUGACAGGCACUGACGUCAGCAAGAGAAACACAGCUAAUGAAAACAUUAAGAAGAAAAGCUUGUCUGGUCAUGAAGGAACUCAAGUGACACUUUUUACUAAGUCCAAGCCAGUACCCAUCUCUGUGGCAUCUUACAGCCACGGGUCCUCCCAGGAUCAUCCCAGGAAGCAAGCCUUUGAUGCAGACCCAUGCCGGUUCUCCCCACCACACCUAACAGAUGCCCAAAAGAGCUCAAGGGUGCAACAUCGGCGCUGUUCAGAACCCAGCAUAGAUGACCAGAACUACAAGCUGUCCUAUCUCAGGGGGAUCUAUUCAAUGAAACAAAAUAAAGCCAGCUGUGAGGCUGGCCUCUUGCAUGGGGAGGACGACUAUCUCAGAAGGCAUAAGUCUUUGCAAAUCGAGGGCCAAAAGCUUAUUAAUCAGAGUUUGGUCAUGGGCAUUGAGGUGGGCAAGAGCAGCAGCUCUCACCAAAGCACUGAGAAGGUUUUGCCCCCAAGACUAAACCUUUGCCCAAGGGCAAGCUAUUCAAGCUUAUCUUCUCCAGGCUCGUCCCCAUCCGGCUCCUCUGUAAGCUCCCAGGACAGCGCUUUCUCUCAGAUCUCUGAACACUCCGUGUUUACGCCCACCGAAACCUCCUCACCAAUAGAUUGCACUUUCCAGACACAAAGAAAACAAGAAGAGCUGUCUUCAGACUUUGACAGUCCCAGCCGCCUUUCCGGAAUGCCCGGUCCCUCCAUGGGUCAGGCCAGCAGCCACCUAGCUUAUUUAAGAAAGGGUACCACGGAGCAGCCAUCACAAAUGCAUUCUGUAACCCUUCACCCCAGUGCGUGGUUGAGAAGUGGCUUGGUCACUUUAAAAAACUGGUCCCUCAAAAAGAAAACAAAAGCAGCCAGACCAGAAGACAGGAAAGUCUGUUCCCUGAAAGAGCCUCUGGAGUUGCCGUCAUGUGCUUCCGGUACCCCAGAGGCUGACUCUCUACAAGAGAGUCAGGAUGACUUACAGGGAGAUGAAGGACCUGGGCAAACAGCCUGUGGAUUCAGUUCUUAUGCCUGUCAGGACUCAGAGCAACAUGCCGGCUCUCCAUUCCACCUGGCAGAAAGCAGACUCAAGCCUUGUAUGAAGUUAUAUAAGGGAGAAGAGAGUGGAGGGCAGUACCCUUGUGAUAACCCUUGGGAAGGAGCCUCUUCAAGUCUGGAGACCACGGAGGAUACAGCCAACCCAGGUGCAGAACCUACAACAUUUGCGAUGACGGGGACAGAUAUUUAACCAAAGACCGUUACCUACAAUAAGAAUCUGAUAUCAAAAUAAUCCAAUGUCUUUAAGAACAGGAACUGGGCCAAUAAAAACACAGACAGUAAUUAGAUAACCCCAUUUAUAAGGUGCCUGAGGGCAUGUAGCACAAGGACAAUCACUGCUAAUAUGGUAAUUUCUUUGUUGAGAUUAUGUGGCAGAAAUUUGUUGAGACGUUACAUGAUCUAAGGUUUUGGAAGGCUUUUCCUAUUAAAGCAUGGGUUAAGUCCUUUCCUGAGAUUUUCAGAUACUGAUAGAAGGGUAGAGAAGUGUCCUCUGUAGAAGAUGCCUGUUCGUGUCAGCAGUCUAAGAGUUCAGGUGUUUUGAGAAGACCAGAGUACUUUAAAUGCAGCAUCGGUGACACAUAGAGAAGAGUGGGAGAGAGAAGCCAUCUUUAUGCCAUGGAAUAAGUAGGCAAGAAAAGGGGGGCCACUGAGCCACUCAGAAAAGCAUGUAUGCUCACUAAGGAAAUCAUGUAAAAUCUGUCCCUAAAGCCAAGUCAGUGGCCAUUUCUGUGGCUGUUCUUAGUCACAUAUCUUCACUGGGUCAUUUUUGGGACCAGCUCGUUGAUGAAGGCAGAGUAGAGAAAACUAGUGGGUAAAGUGCCAUGGGUGCUGGGACAACACAGCCUGUAAUCGGGCAGCUCGGUUGGUUUUUGUUGUUGUUGACUUUCUCUUAGGGUUGAGUGCAUUCACAUGUAUCUUUCUGAAAUGGAGAUACAAAGACAAGGAAGGAAGAGUUUGCCCCAUUUUAGUGUCCUACCCACAGUCCCUAUGCAACUGUGUUCUGGGAAUGUAACGUAUCCCUACAUAAAGGAACCUGCUGAUAGCAUGCAUCUCAUAGCGCAGAAGAAUAGCCACAUAAUAAUUAGGGAAAUUACUCUCGAGGUCAGUUUUCCCUGGCUGACUAAUCUCAGGGGCAAGACUUCAGAGAAACAAGAGAUGCUGGAGUUGGUAGCAGCCAUGCAAUGGUAUUGUGCUGUGAUCAGUAAGUGUGUGCAGAGAUGUACCCAGAUCAGGAAGCUGGGUCCUGCAGUACAUACAGUAUAUUACAGAAAGUGGCCUCUCUUUCUUAGACCUAAUGGCCAGUUGCCAUGUGACACUUGUGUGCACAGAUAUACCCAGAUCAGGAAGCUGGGUCCUGCAAUACAUACAAGAUAUUACAGAAAGUGGCCCCUCUAACUUAGACCUAAUGGCCAGUUACCAUAUGACACUUCUCUAUAUAAGUCAUACUUUUCUCAUUUUGAAAAAUGGCAGUUUCCUGCAACAGCUCUCCCUUCUUGGUUCCACAAGCAGUAUUUAUCAAUAUGGCGUCUCUGUGGAAUGUUUCACUGUAGCCCUUCCUGUUAGAUUACAGUCAGCCAAGAGGAGACAAGGGACAGCUGUUAAUUAUUCUUUCAUUCUACAGAUUGUUCCCGAUUUGAGAUUGGCAGACUGUAAGAUUAUUGAGGAGAACACAAUGACAUUGCUCUUGGGUGGUCUCUGAUGGCCACUGCCUUUGGGUUUUCUUGCUGAAGUUCUCCACUUUUUCCAAAUGAUUUAUAGUUUAUAAAUAUUCAAGUUUAGACCCUGGCAGUUUAUCAUAGACCUUUGUCCUCUCUCUCUACCUUCAAGGCUACAUCAGUAUGUCUUCCUUCCACAGCCAGAAUGUAAUGGAAGGAUACACCCUAAGAUAGAUGCGCAUCUUCCUUCAUUUGAGCUACUCCCCUAGUCCAAAAGUUUCCUAAAGUCUAUGUGAUCUCUUGAAUCCCUGUUUAAAAAAAAAAAUCCACUCAAAAAAUAGCUUAUCCCAAAUUAUUAUUCCUACCAGUCACCAGGAAACUCGUGGCAGAUGUCUCCUUCUCCUAAAGAUCACAUUGUCAGUUAUAGGGUAAGGACUUAUAUCAGUAUUAAAUAUUGAAGUGCCACCUACCUCUCAGGCAUGGCCCUGUUUACCCUAAUCAUAAUUAACUUUCAAACUCUGUGUCCAGUGAGCUCCUUCAUGACACUUGCAAUCUCAACCAGAUGUAACCAACCACUUCCAUAUGAAGACUCCUCCAUGCCCUCCAUAUCUUUUGUGGUAUUAGUAUAUAAAGUUGGCAGAUCAACGCUUCCCUUUAGAGCAUACUACUGUCAGAACUGCAAGAUGUGAAUGAAGAUCUUAUGGCUUAGAUUGUCUCUCUGUAAGAAAUGUCUCCUAAACAAAGUAAAGUGUCCUGGCUUUUCUCUCCCCACCUCCUUUCAUAAUGGCCCAGUAGAAAAAAUCAUCCACUGAGUUUGAAGCAUAGAAGAAAAUAGCUGGUAAGGCUCUCUGCCAACCAUUCUGACUCUGUUUCCUUAGAUGCUCCCAGGAUACUUAAUGUGAAUAGUCUGUUAAUAUUGCUGUAAAGUAUUGUAUGAAGACAGACAUGUCAUUUUAUUAGACUCCAUCAAUCUAUAAUAUAUUAGACUGAUUCUUUAUCUCAAAUGCGAUGAGUUUGUAUAAUAUAUCUUGACAAAUUUUAUUACCGUGUUAUGUAACAAAUGUGUAUUUUUGUACCUUGCAGAAACUGCUGCUAACUUUUAAAUUGUUUGGUUUUUCAAGGCACUGAAAAUGGACAUGUACCAAGUCCAUGCUGUCAAAUAAAAUGCCACCCUGCAGCUAACAGUCCCACAGAGAAAUACUGACUGCCGAGGAGAGUUCUUUCACUCAGCAAGCCUGAGCUCCCUUUGAGUUGACCAUUUCAUACAUAAUGAGUUGUGGCCUUAAGUUUUUACUCAUAGUUUUUCUAGGGGAAAAGGAGUGAAAUUGUUUUUCCUUUUUAUAUUUUUAAAUCUCGUUUAUCAAACAAGUUAUGUUUUAUACCUAGCCGUUCCCCUUUUGUCAGAAAUUGUGUUUUUUCAUUGUAUUCCCGGAGUGAUGCAGACAAGUUUGUCCACAUGCCAAAAGAAAUAACAGCUCACUUUGAUUGCAUGUAUGAGAUUUUCUUUCACAUUUAGGCCAUUCUGACAAAAGGACCAAGUUGACUUUCUACACAUACCAGGAUAUCUGUUCUUUGAUGUAUGACAGUUUCCCAAGACUACUGUAUCUCCUGACUUCUUGAGGUUUAUCAAGCAGUCUCUGUAUAAAUCUAACUACUAUUUCAAAGGGAUUUAUAACCUAGAAAAACUAGAUUUGCUCCAGCCAGGUGGAAAGGACAAAUCCACUUUGACAAAUGUUACUAAUUGUAUUUCUACAAUGUAUAAACACACACACACACACACACACACACACUAAAUUCUAUCCAAAUUUUAGAGAAACAAAUUUACUUUUAAUGAGGACUCGAUCUUAUGUUAAUAACUAUCUUCUUUAUAGUCUACUUAGCAGGUCAUAACACUGAAUCAGAAGGUUCUAAUUUGUCAACUCAAGAACAAGCUUUUUUUUUUAAUUACUCCCAGUAAAUUUUAUACUGUGAAUAAUAAAUUUGGGUAAAGCAUU